GCUCACUAUCAUGAAAGGUGGCAGUCGCUGUGCGCGCGAACAUAUGGAGCUGAAGGAUAGCUCCACCCUGCUCCCACGCAAAUAAUAUAAAACCCAGAGCAACAGAUGCAACACCUCGUCAAUAGACUACUAGGCUGCAGCUCAUGUCGACCCCUCCCCAACUUCUCCUGCGCAAACUAAAUAUCAGUUAAGUUGUAUUUGUUUAAGUUAUAGGCCUAAGUUUAUUUAUCCUAUGGUCCUAUGUUUUUGAUGGUUUGAAAUCAUUGGGUAUUAGUUAUUUGGAUAUUUAGGUUAAUUCAAAUUCUCGGACAUGAAGUCAGUAUUGAUGCAUUGUAAUUUUGAAAAUUAAAUUAGCCUGAAACGCAUCUUACUAAGUCAGUAGUUUUAGAUCAGAUAUGGUAGGUAUAUCAUAACAUUAGUGUAAUAGCAUAUCAAAGUAUCUCUGUUAGUCAGUGUAUCAAUUUUUGUCUUUGUUUCUCUGCAGAAGAUCGCUCGUGCGUAAAGUUGCCUCUUCGCUCUCCAAACCUGAACCAUGUACCCGUUUAAUGGCAGUCUCAGUAACUUCAGUCUGAUGAUGGAGGCUGCGGACAUGCCCCGGGAUGAGAACCUGGCCAAAGUAGAGAUCGCGCUGCUCAGCGUCAUCUUCGUCAGUGCGGCUAUCCUGAACACAGGGCUACUGCUGGUUCUGUGGAAGCGGCGCAAACAGGUAUCCAAGAUGCGUGUCUUGGUGUUCCACCUCUGCGUUGCGGACCUGGUUGUGGUGUUUUUCCAGGUGUGCCCGCAGCUCAUGUGGGACAUUACGGACAGAUUCAUCGGACCGGACCUUGUGUGCCGCUUGGUGAAGUAUCUGCAGGUCGUAGGCAUGUUUGCGUCCACCUACAUGAUCGUAGUGAUGACCAUUGACCGCUACCAGGCUAUCUGCAACCCUAUGGUCAAAUUUCAGAGGAGGCGCAAGCGCUGGAACAUCCCUGUUUGCAUCGCCUGGGCGAUCUCCCUCGUGGGCGGCCUGCCUCAGAUCUUCAUCUUCUCGCGGGUCCAGGUGGCGCCCGGGGUGUUCGACUGCUGGGCGGACUUUAUCCAGCCCUGGGGCUUGAAGACCUACAUCACCUGGACCACGCUGGUUAUCUUUGUCUUGCCCAUUUUGACCGUGGUGGUGUGCCAGGUGCGAAUCUGUCGAGCCAUCCAGAAUAACCUUUACUUAAAGACGCACCAGGAUGGGGGUAGCGGGGUUGCCUUUCAGCUGCCCUCCAGAACCAGCAGCGUGGCCGGGGUGUCCAAAGCACGAAUCAAGACUGUGAAGAUGACAGUGGUUAUCGUACUUGCCUACAUCAUCUGCUGGACUCCGUUCUUCACGGUCCAGCUUUGGUCUGUGUGGGACAAGGACGCGCCAACAGAAACCGCAACGUUCACCAUCCUGAUGCUGUUGGCAAGUCUGAACAGCUGCGCAAACCCCUGCAUCUACCUGCUCUUCAGUGGCCAGCUGCCCAAUAAGUUGACGGUGCUGUGCCGAAGGCCUUCCAACGGGAAAGACUCCAUUAACUAUGAGGCCACAGUGGUCAGCUCGCUCUACAUGAGCUUCAAAAGCAUCUCCGACUCCAAAUAGAACACACGGUUUUCAUAUUCUCCCGGUAUGGGGAAGCAAGUAACUAAAGGCACACUUUAGAACCUGAAAGGGUUCUUUGGCUGUCCCCAUAAGAGAGCCCUUUGAAGAACCCUUUUUGGUUCCAUGUAGAACCCGUAACCAAAAAGGGUUUUCAUAUGGGGUACAGCCGAAGAACCCUUUUGGUACUCUUUCUUCUAAGAGUGUAUGUGCGCAAAUACACGCUAAAUACUGGGGGAUAAGCCACCACUAAUGGAUGGAGGCUUGUGAUGUGGGCUUGCACUGGGUGUCAUAGGGAGAUAUAUCACGGUUGUAACACCUCUGGCAGACAACAUAGAUUUCUGACAGUUUUCAUGUGAAUAUUCUAAAAUCCACAUAAAAACAAAAUGUGCAUUUCCCACCAGAGGUGUGUUUUCAUCAAAUGUACUUGUUUGACUUGAUGCAGAUAAAAGGCUGUGUGCGCGUGGUGACUUAGGGCUAAUAAAAUACCUUUUGCGGUUAAAUACCGAAUGGAACCAAGAAAAAAUACAAGUUAAAUGAGUUUCCAGCACAUUUUCAACUCUACUGAUGGUUUUCUAGCCAACAGCGCUAUCUUAUUUAUAUUUGUCAAACGGCAGCCAAGCAUUGAUUAACAUGUCACCAGAAGAAAACCCUCGAUAUUUAUUGGAAAGGAGCAUCAAGCUCAUCACCUUGCACUUUCACCACCCUGGGAACUUCAUCAUUUAUUUAAUCUGUAGCAUAAUAAACUGCAUGUUUUCCCAAAGAGUCGUAGUGGGGGGGACCACACAACAUGUCAUUACGUGACUCCAAGUUUACUUCGAUAUGAUGGUUAUUAUAUCAAUAUUUGCGCAGAGCAGUGUUUCCCAACUCCUGUCCUCGAGUACCCACGACAGCACAUACAUAUUUGUUGUAGCGCCAGACAAACUCACCUGAUUCAACUAAUUGAGGGCUUAAUGAUUAGUUAUCAAGUUGAAUCAGGUGUGCUUGUCCAGGGAUACAACAAAAUGUGUGCUUUUGGGGGUACUCGAGGUUGAUUAGUGUCCUACCUUUUUGUGAGUAAAUGUCUAAAUCUAAUCUAACACCACCAGUUAACACCUGCAAACUUUUUGAUUGUAUAGUGUAGACUGCAUUUACUGCCAGUGAUUGUUUACAAUAAUCAAAUGAUCAUCUUCAGCUGUUUGGUGCUUUUAUGACGCCAGAGACGUGGUGAAAGAAGCAGUUACAAAAUAGAAGGUGUGUGUUCACAGACAUAGUCCAAUGUUGAUGUAACCUAACACAAUACAAGCCAACUGUUUGAUGUCUUCUGUACCCAUAUGAAUGACCCCUAUGAUGUAACUGCAAUGAUGAGAUAGAUGUUCUUCUUCUUUGUUUUAUUUUCUCGCAGUCAUACUGUGUUCAACUGUGUUUGAUCUUGCCGAGCCAUCUUGUCUCAAGAGGACCACAAUGGAAAUAAGUCCCAGAUUUUGUGUGUUAUCCUCCAUGAUUUAGCAAUGGAAAUAAGUCCCAGACUUUGUGUGAUAUCCUCCAUGAUUUAACUCAUGUGCAUGUGUGGCUUUUUCUAGUUUUGUGUGCUUGUUAUUUAAAAUGGUCAAAUUAAUAAACUAACUUAACUUCAGAAAGACUAGACAGAUUUUUGGAAAACUUUGUUUAAACCAAAAAUGAUGUAUGAAAGCCUGAAAGUUUAGGUCUGUUGAAAACUGACAAAGACUAAUGAUUUUGUAGUGCAAUUGACUGUAAAAUAAACGACCACAUUUUUGUGGGUAGAUGUUCUCCAUUUGAAAUUAAGCCCAUAAAGUUGCUGGAAGCCAUUUUAUUUUUGUUCUGCAACAGAGCUGUUUCUGGGAGAUUUCUUGGAGUUAAGGAAUUCUUAUUCAAUUCCCUUUCCUGUUUGAGUUGGGCACCAUUAGUAAGAGGGUGUCUGUUGUACAAUUGCAGAAAUGCAACAUUUCUAAUGAUCUCUCUUCUUAAAACAGAUCCCUCAGUAUCUAUUUUGUCAUUAACAAAGAGUGAGACCAAGCACACCAAUGCACAAACAUAAUCAGCAGCGUAUAUCCUACUUGCGGCUACAGCAUAAACCACAGUGGAUAAAAUGUCUAGUUAAGUACACAAUCAAAAACCAUCCAGCCUAAAGUCUAAACAUGUCACUUUAGUCUAUGGUACACAACCACAAUCAUACAGCUAAUAGAAUGACAGAAAAUUAGCUGCUGGUUAAUGAGCUAAAUUGAAUUUGUGUGUCUAGCUGCACUGCUAUUCCAUAAAGCAUUUGUACGUUUGUAAAUCAUGUUCCCCUUCUUUGUCUUUAUCAUUUGCACAGUUUAUUAUGUAUGAUGAAUAAAGUGUUACAUUUUC